AUGUUCAUGAUAUUUCUUAAUACCGUCGUGCCCAAUACACGGGGCUUCAUUGUCGAAGUCUGCUCAGGUUUCAAUUCCAUCCACCAGCCUCAAAGCCAUUAUACCUACUGUCCUGAAAUGUGGGAUUUUUCAACUUUGCAAUUUUUUCGUUAUAACCCCCCGGAUGGAGUUUCCUACGAGACAGCAUCUGCGGAAGAAAUCCCUUGUCGGAAUACGGCGGCACGGAGACGAAAGGAUUCACUGUUGGCUGCCAUUGCCCUUCAUUGGAGUGAUAACAGUGUAACUGUUCUUUGCCCUUUCUGUAGCAAAACGCACGUCCAUGGUAUCAGCCACUUUAGGUAUCAUGGCGCGACGGGGUGGAGGAUUCAGGACGACUCGGGGCGUUACAUUUACGAUGGUCCGUCUCUAACGCGCUGCGAUUCGAGAGUGGCUCACUGUGAAAAAAAAGAUUCGGAUGUAGGUACCGAGUAUGUGAUUAUCUUCCCAUUCGAAAACGAUUGUAGAGUUGCCGGAUUAUCUUUCGAAAUCGAACGGAUACCUGAUGAUGAUGACACGAAGCUGAAAGAACGAUUCCGCACGGUUGGCCUGAAAACGAUACCUGCGGACGUUCUGGAGGCGCUGGAAAGCUGCUAUCCGAACGAAUCAUCUGAACCUUCUGAGCUUGCGGACAGGCUACAAGACGUAGCUCUAGAAGAUGGGGACUACGACAUCAUCACGCCAUCCGAGCGAGAUGGAGUAGAAGAAGUGAUGACCGAACGUGCCUCUGUCUAUUUAGCAUCGGCGGCUUGUUGUGGAAGCGUGAAUGAAAUGAGACGAUAUCUUGAGGAUUCGCCAAAUCCCACUGCACUACUUCAGUUUAAGGAUAAGGAUGGCCUGUCCUUGCUGGCCCUGGCAGUGCCUAACGGACACCGCAAAGCUGUCGAAUACCUUUUGGAACUCGGUUCCGAUGUCAAUGUUACGGAUGCCAAAGGACGAACACCGCUGAUGGAAGCCGCCCUUUGGGGUCAUCCAAAAAUCGUUGAGCUCUUGCUUGAAGCUGGCGCAGAUAGCUCUCUAAAAGACCGGCGCGGCAUGACGGCAGGGAAUUUAGCGGAAGAGUCUCAGAGGAAUGAUCAGGAGAGACAUAAACGACAUUCUAAUUACUCAGAGGACUCGUUCGUUAAGAAAGGCCAUAGAAGGCUGAUUCGGGCCUUACUGAAGUAUACACCUGCGAUGAGUACCUCAACAGGCAUACAGCCUGAUCUGGCAGACCUCACAGACGCCUUCUUCUACAAGUCUCUGCCUGCCGCGACAAUAUCCCUAGUCAUUCCCCGGCAAGGAAUAGAAAUACUUACUUAA